AGUAUAAAUAAACGAAAAAACAAAAACAAAAAGAACAAACAAAUCUGCUGCCACAUUUUCAUUUUCUCAUCUCCAAAUAAAUUAGCUCACCAAAGACGCGAAAAACAGAAACACCAAAAUAUCGCUCAUAUACUCCGUAGUUGAGGAGAGAGAAAGAAAAUCCUCCGUAGAUUCAACAUUCCGUUGACUCAUCGCCGGAAAACGAGAAAUGUUCCGGCGAAAAAUCCGAUCAUAUUGAAAGCAGAGUUAGGGAGAGAUGAGCCGCAGAGUAGUUAAUCGAAGAGAGAGAAUCGGGCAAGUUUCGAUGAUGACGGCAAUAGGGAUAGAGAAGAAGGCGGAGAAGAGAUUAAAGAAGUACGAGGAGUUGCCGGAGUAUUUAAAGGAUAAUGAGUUUAUAUUAGAUUAUUAUCGCUGUGAAUGGCCGUUGAAAGAUACGUUUCUUAGCGUUUUUGCUUGGCACAAUGAAACGCUCAACAUUUGGACGCAUUUAGGAGGCUUUUUGAUAUUUGCGAUAAUGGCGGUGGCGAGUAUGACGGAGAACGCAAAGGGCCAGAAGUCCGCUAGAUCGAGAGUAAGACAUGCCGGGAAUAGAUCGAGAAAUCGCUGAGCAUAAAAUUCCGCU